UUUUCUGGCUAAGUGGAUCAGUCAACUUGAAAAAUGCGAACGGUGCCCAUCUUGUUGCUAAUUUGCUGCCUAGGCUGGUUACACGAAGGCCAAGCUGACGACAGGAAGAUUGGCGCUGUGGGUCCGCCUAUGAAACAGCGGAGUUUCCGCCAUGUAAGCUCCUUUGCUAAUCCAGGGCAGCCGGGUAGACCUGGCAGCGGAAGACCAGGACGACCUGGUCAGGGAAUGCCUGGCCGACCUGGGCGUCCAGGAGGAUCUGGUGGAGCUGGAGGAGCAGGAGGAAGUGGAGCUGAUGGAGGAGCAAGUGGGGCUGGCGGUCGAGCAGUCAGAGGGGGAUACUGGAGGAAAGGUAUUUCAUUGGGUCAAAGGCGACCAGAGCCAAGGUCAAAAUAUUAUUUGUAUUGAGUCAAAUUUUAAAGUGUAUAGAAACUCUUGCUUAAAACUGUAUAUAAUUUUAUAAAUAAA